UGCCGACGACCGCGUCGAGUCCACCCACCACCGCGGUCGCCGUCGCCAUCUUAUUUCGGCUUCGGAUGCCGCCGUUCCUCGCCGCGAAGAAGAAGAUCGCUAAGACGACCAGGCGCCCUCAAGCGCGUGCGCGCGCUGCAGUACGUCUCCCUGCAGAGCGUGUGGCGGCCGCCGCCGCCCAUGGACAAGGAGGCGGCCGCGCUCCACCGGCAUUGGAGCUGACUCUAGGAGUGGGUCGGUGCGCAACCCUCCUUCGACAAGGAUGUCCCCGUGCAGCACAAGUUGGCCAACAGCUGGGACGCCGCCACCGCCGCCAGGCAGCUUCGCCCCUGCGCCUUCCUCCUCGGACCCGUACCAGAUGCCGCCUUCGGCUCCAUCCUCUUGGGCACCGCUGGCGACGCCGCCUCCACCACCGACAAAUGCAAGCUGGACGAGGCUCGCAACCGGAGAUCGUCGUCGACGUCGUCGCCAUCGAGCGCGAGUUCGGCUGCGACGCGCUCCCCGUCGCGCUCAUCAGCAUGAACGGCGCCCUCGUCAGCCAGUACAUCGAGUUCGUCGCCGACCACUUGCUCAUGGCAUUCUGGUUGCCGUGGAUGAGGUCACCAGCUUCUCGCCCACGACAUGUUCGAUGCAAUGCCUCAACUGCGACAUCGCUCCAGCUUUAUGCUCGGCAGCCUCCCCACUCAGAAUUCACAAUGCUUGCAUAUUGGAGAGCAAGGAAAUCAGGUACAUCACCAGCCGCUACUAUUCUCACUUGAUUGGUGCUGUUCCGGUUGAAGUUGCCACCGAUGUUCUUGAGGACUGCAUGAUGCUUGAUAUAAUGAUUGAGACGAAUCCAGCGAUUUCUUGGCCUUCCCCGUGGCAGGAUAUUAACACUUCGCCUUCUGAAACAACCUGGCUAUGCUUCAUUUUAUGGCUGCCAUUCAGUUGUGGUUUGGCUGGAGUGCAGAAUAGGCCACCAUGGCCACCACCUGUGCAAUUGGAAAGGUUAUCUUCAAAGGUGUUUGCUGUUCAGUCAGAGAGCACAAAAUGAAGCCAUAAAAAUUAGUUGUGUUUGCUAAAUGGUGGAAUUAGAGAGCUUCUUAUGCUUAGCAACACAACUACUUGCUUGGACCAGAGAAAUGAUGUUGAUAAGUUACAGCUUGAUGUCAAGAUUUCUGUUACAAGUCAUUCAUAUUAUUUGGCGUUGCUCACUGUGGAUGGCACAAAAUUCACAUCACAGCCGUCAGUUACCCACUGUCACACAGAAGAGCAACAACUUGAUUACAAAGCACUCAAAUUAAGUGAAGUGAAAUGGUCAAGUGCAGCUCGUAUAAGGAAGGCUAGUGGACUCAGACAUCUAUUUCGCUACAGCAGGAAGGCACCUUUGCUUCUAAUCACUUCAUCAGUUUCUUUUGCUUGGACUAAUUUUGGCCACUUUGUCUGGUGUUUGAGAGUUCAAGAAAAGAACCGUUGGUUAAGUGCUAAGGCCGAUUGGCCAGAUCAUGACUGUUACCUCAUAUUACAGUUCGUGAUGUUGUUCCAGUCACAUGUUGCAGUUGUUCAGUGGCCUCAGUUACCUUCAUCUCUACAACAGAAAACUGGUGUUUGGUUAUGGGCUUGCAUUGUUGAGAUAUUUCACUUGAAUAUACUUAUACAGAUAAAGAUCAAGGGGUGCCAACAAUAUGCUCUUGCUCAGUCAGUCCUGCCGCAGUUCUGGACUUUUGGUAUUUAUUCAGAGUUGUUUGCUGCAGCUGUUGGUCAAAUGAAACAUGAUAAUGCUACCAUAUUACUGCCUCAUGUUAGUAUAUCAGGCCAUGCUACAUAUAUAUUCAGUUCAGGGUAGAAGUGCUCCACAUUGUGCAGAAGUGGAGUCUACUGCAAUUCUAUGCUUCUCCUGGAGUUCCAUGCGACAAGAUUGCAUGUUCACUAGUGAGGAUUACUGGGACAGUGAUAAUAUUUCACUACUGAAAGCAUGUGCUAAGCUCCUGAAUAUUUUUGUGGUAUCUACUGAUUGUAGCAUCAGUCGCAUCGCAGCCACAUGUGUGAUCAAGUAUUGUUGGGGCACAACUGAAGAGGAUAAGCAAUCAGAGAAGCAAUGUUCGUAUGCAUACCAAAUUAUGCUGCCUUGGGAUCGAGGUGUUGUAAAGCAUAACUUCAAGAAUUUCUUAUCAUGGGCUUGGGGGCAAGCCGAUUUUCAAGGGAGGAGGAAUGUCAUGACCCAGGUAGGUAAUAGGACAGCCAUGGGCCGUUGAGUAUGUUCAGGCCAUGGGCCGGUGGGAUGUAUUGGGCCUGAGGCCAUCUAUGUACUGCAACAUAUAUACCUGGUCGCUUUGCUGCAAGGGGCGUCGACGAGAACAUAACUGAACCUCUGAAUCCUUCUCUGUUCUUCAUCGAGUUCUUGUGUUCUUGCUGAGUUCUUUCCCCUAAAUCCCUCCAAUCACCCCUAAAUGCUGAGUUCUUCAUCGAACCUCUGAAGCAGCAUGGAAAGAGAUGGCCGUGGCAGUUUGCCAAGCACAAGGGGACACACGAACACUUAGUUAAUAUUGCUUCAUGGGUUUAGUUUAAAGCCUAAUCGGUAGCUAAAUCACCUCGAUGUUUUCACAGGAAGGAGAUGAUCACACUGAAGAGUGCAGACACAUGGCCACUUCUGUUGGCCAACCACGCACGGCACAACAUCGACCGAUCAGUAGUUCAGUACAGUGCUGGAUAUCUCUGAUUUCUUGAUAUAUCCUUCCCACGUGGCAGAGCUGAACCCUCUAAAUAUCCAAAGGAAAGCAUGAGAUGGUUCACUGCAGGAGUCCAGAUCAGGAAUCACAGCAUCAGCAUGCUUCAACACGCUCUCCUUCAAGGACCUGGGCGCCAACGUGGGCGUCCUCUCGGGGCUCAUCAACGAGGUGACGCCGCCGUGGGUGGUGCUCGCCAUGGGCGCCGCCAUGAACCUCGCGGGGUACCUGAUGAUCUACCUCGCCAUCGACGGCCGUACGGCGCGGCCCCCCGUGUGGCUCAUGUGCAUCUACAUCUGCGUGGGGGCCAACUCGCAGUCCUUCGCCAACACGGGGGCGCUCGUCACCUGCGUCAAGAACUUCCCGGAGAGCCGCGGCAUGGUGCUGGGCCUGCUCAAGGGCUUCGUCGGCCUCAGCGGCGCCAUCUUCACGCAGCUCUACCUCGCCAUCUACGGCGACGACGCCAAGUCGCUGGUGCUGCUCAUCGCCUGGCUCCCCGCCGCCAUCUCCAUCCUCUUCGUCCACACCAUCCGCAUCAUGCCGUACCCCCGGCGCGGCCGCGGCGCGGGCUCGGCGGCGGCGGCGACCAGCAACGAUGCCUUCUUCUGCUUCCUCUACAUCUCCAUCGCCCUCGCAAUCUACCUCCUUGUCAUGAUCGUCGUGCAGAAGCAGGUCAACUUCUCGCACGCCGCCUUCGCGGUGUCGGCCGCGGCGCUGCUCCUCGUCCUCUUCCUGCCGCUCGCCGUCGUCGUCAAGCAGGAGUACAAGAUCCAGAAGGAGCUCGAGGAGUCCAUCCGCGAGCCCCCCACGGUGACCGUCGAGAAUCCAGCUGCCUCGCUGCAGAUGGCAUCGGCAGCUGAGCCGCCGGCGGCCAAGAGCCAGCAGAAGCAGAGCACCACCACUGGGGAAAAUGGAACAGAGCCGCCGCCGCCGCCGCCGUCCAGGUCCAGUUGCCUGGGAUCGUGCCUGAGGCACAUGUUCAGCCCGCCGGCGCAGGGGGAUGACUUCACCAUCCUGCAGGCCCUGGUGAGCGUGGACAUGCUGGUGCUGUUCCUGGCGACCAUCUGCGGCAUCGGCGGCACGCUGACGGCGAUCGACAACAUGGGCCAGAUCGGCCAGUCCCUGGGCUACCAGGCCAAGAGCAUCAACACCUUCGUCUCCCUCAUCAGCAUCUGGAACUACGCCGGCCGCGUCACCGCCGGCUUCGCCUCCGAGAUCUUCCUGGCGCGCUACAGGUUCCCGCGCCCGCUGAUGCUCACGCUGGUGCUCCUCCUCUCGUGCGCCGGCCACCUCCUCAUCGCCUUCGGCGUGCCGCACUCGCUGUACGCCGCCUCCGUGGUGAUCGGCUUCUGCUUCGGCGCGCAGUGGCCGCUGCUGUUCGCCAUCAUCUCCGAGGUGUUCGGGCUCAAGUACUACUCCACGCUCUACAACUUCGGGUCCGUGGCGAGCCCCAUCGGCGCCUACGUCCUCAACGUCCGCGUCGCCGGCGCCCUCUACGACGCCGAGGCCGCCAAGCAGCACGGCGGGUCGCUGGACGCCGGCGGCGACAAGACCUGCAUCGGCGUGCAGUGCUUCCGCAAGGCGUUCCUCAUCAUCACGGCCGCCACAGUGGCCGCCGUGCUCGUGUCGCUGGUGCUGGUGUGGCGGACCAGGAACUUUUACAAGGGCGACAUCUACGCCAAGUUCAGGGACAACGCCGCCGCCGACGAUGACGACGACGCGGAGGAGGAGGGUCCGAAGUGGCCGAAGAAGGAGGCGGAGGGGGAGUCGACAUCGGUCAACGGGAGGAAGGGGUAGCGGCGUCCAUGCCGGCCGGCGACUGCGUUGACUCGGUCCAAGCACGCGCACACAGUCUCACAGCGAGCUAUCGCUCGGUUUUGACUUGGUAUACGACGGGUUGUCUUGUCUCCCAAAUCCCAUUCCAUGCUGCUGUUCUCAAGCUCAAAGGGAGCUCAACCGAACGGCAAUGGAGGGAGGGCGCAGUCAGAGCGCGGCUAUCACUGCAUAUGGCAGGUGAUUAGGCGCGCGAUUAGUGUGUAAUUUUAGCAGACGAGUAGUGAUGAUGACAGUAUAGAACAAAUGCUUUCUUUUUAGUGCUGUUUGGAUGCAUACGUGUUACAGCCACUCUUGAAGGAUCUUGAACCAAUUCGAGAGAAAAGGGCCAGGUUCCAUGGUUCGAAUGUUCUUGGCAGGUUUUUAGAAAAAGGAAGUUCUUGGUAA